UUAUCUUCCUUUCAUCAUUAUUUAUCUUCUUCUCUUCUUCUUCUUUCUUUCGUCAGCCAUUUUGAAUUGAAUUUUGAAUUGAAUUUAAUCCAUCAAACCGAUUAAUCCCUUUAUCCAUUGAAGAGACAAUUUCGAUGAAAAAAACAAAACAACAAUAGUUAUUGAGGAUAAAUUGUUUACUUAGAUUUGGAUGCUAAUCGAAACAAACCAGACACCAAGUUGAUUGUUCACUUAAUCCAAUAUCAGAAAUGAUUUUCUUUAUAUCAAUUGUUUGCCUUUUCUUUGGUACUCUUAACGCUCAGUAUGAUGUAUCCUCCGAGUCCGUUCAAUGUCCUGGUGAAGGACUUUACACUGCUGCUCAUCAAUCGGACUGCGAUAAAUAUUAUCUUUGUCGUAACGGAACUUUGACCGUUGAAACUUGUCCCAAUGGUCUUCUUUAUGGUGUCCAAGGAGCUGUUUACGAGUUUUGUGCCCACAAUUGGAAGGUCGAUUGCCAGGGUCGUAAAGCUCCUGGACCAAUAAGUAGCCCUGGAUGUCCAUGGCAAUGGGGCAUCUUUGAAGAUGAAGGUGCUGGUCAAUGUGCCACAACUUAUUCUGAAUGUUCAUGGGGAGCACCCGAAAGGAAAUACUGUGAACCCAAAGGAUUAGUUUACGAUGAAAGGAUCAAAGGUUGCAAUUGGCCUGAUCAAGUUGGUUGUAAGGGUGAAGAUAUUCUUGGUUUCAAAUGCCCUGAAGCUGAUACUGGUAAUCGUUACUGGCCUUACCCAAGAUACGCUUACUCACAAGAAGCUUUGAUUACCUGUGUUAAAGGUCAACCUCGAUUAAUCCAUUGUGGUAAAGAUACUUAUGCCGAUCAGAAUUCAAUGACCUGUGUUCCAUACGACAAGGAAAAGGCCAAUUAAAUAACACGAGUGCGACAAAAAAUGACCAAUACUCAGAAAAGAAACAGCCGAAAGGAUUAGUAUCUCAAUUUGUGCUAUUUCUUUAUCAUUAGAACACAAAAAAUGCCAACAAAAAUCAAUCGAUUGCGAUGCAAUUUCCAAUUUGAUUUUCUCAUCUUUUUCUGAAUAAUUUUUUUUACUUACAAUUAAAAAAGAUUAUGAUUAAAACCGAACCGAUUAAAUUAGGACUGGAUUCCGUUUAUCUGA